CGCCCCCUGCCCGGCUCCGGCUCUGCUGGUCGGCACCCUGCGCCUCGGUCCCGGCCGGCGGCCUCCGCUCGCGGCGUGUCAGGCGGGGCUCGGGCAGCUACAGCGGCGAGCCCGCGGGGCGAGAGAGCUGAGGGGGACGACUCGAGUCCUUGAAAGACAAACCCAUAAGAAGGACAGCAGAAAGGGUGUAACAUUCAAACCACAUGGACAGAGUAUUGGCAGCCAGAAGUCAGAGCCUUGGAGGUAUUAUGAUGGCAGCAUCUUGGAAUUUCAUGAGAGUAGUUCGUUAUUCCAAAACUGUUUUGUCACAGGGAGUCCAGAUAGGAAGAAUCACCAGUUUUGGGCAUGCCUGGUCCAGGACUGUAACUUCAAGUUUUGCUGCCAAAACACCCACAUCAAGUACAGUGGAACUGCUUGGUAAAGUGUACCCUCGAGAUGACUACAGCAAUGUCACAGAGAAAAUUCUGUCCAAGGUGGGAAAGAACUUGCACAACCAAAGGUACCAUCCUUUGUGGCUGAUCAAAGAGCGGAUAAAGGAUCAUUUUUACAAGCAGUAUAUAGGACGUUUUGGGACCCCACUCUUUUCUGUUUAUGAUGAUCUGUCCCCGGUGGUUACAGUGGAGCAGAACUUUGACAGAUUGCUUAUCCCACAAGACCACCCCAGCAGGAGGAAAGGGGAAAACUACUACAUGAACCAUACUCACAUGCUAAGAGCACACACGUCGGCUCACCAGUGGGACUUGAUGCACUCGGGGCUGGAUGCCUUUCUGGUUGUGGGAGAUGUCUACCGCCGCGAUACGAUUGAUAGCAGCCACUACCCAAUCUUUCACCAGAUGGAAGGAGUGCGGCUCUUCUCCAAUCAUGAGUUGUUCAGCAACAUCAAAGAUGGAGAAAGUUUACAGUUGCUUGAGCAAGGGCACCGCACAGCACACAAGCAGGAGACUCACACCAUGGAGGCAGUGCGGCUGGUGGAAUUCAAUCUAAAACAAGUGCUCACAAAGCUUGUGACUCAUCUCUUUGGUGAUGGACUGGAAAUUAGAUGGGUAGACUGCUACUUCCCGUUUACUCACCCUUCCUUUGAGAUGGAGAUCAACUUCCAAGGAGAAUGGAUGGAGGUGCUGGGCUGCGGGGUCAUGGAGCAGCAGCUAGUUAACUCAGCUGGUGCUGAGGAGAAAAUUGGCUGGGCAUUUGGCCUGGGAUUAGAGAGGCUGGCCAUGAUCCUCUAUGAUAUCCCUGACAUUCGCCUGUUCUGGAGUGAAGACGAACGCUUCCUGAAACAGUUUAGUGUGCCUCACAUUGACCAAAAAGUGCAUUUUCAGUUUUUGGAGAGGUGUUUCUUGUCUUCACAAGUUUGAUGAGAGAUUGCUAAAGGAUUGCCAGGUGACUAGUUUCCCAAUUAAUAUACAUAUUUCUUUACUUAAAUGGCUUCUUAUAUUAGUAACCAGUUAUGACAUCAAAUGAUCUUGCUAUAUUUGUACUUGAAGAAUUUCACUAUUUACAUAGCAAAGGUAUUAGGAGCUUCACAUUUAAUUAACAUAUUUUCAAGUAUGCAUUUCAGAAAGGUGUUUGCCAUUUCAACAUUUAAGAAAUAAACAAAAGGUUUAAAACACUUCCAAUGACACAUAUUUAUCCUAGAGGCUUUUUCUGAAUAAGUUUUUAGAGUAAUUAUAAAAUUCAUUUUAAUUAUGAUAUUUCUAGACUUCUUUGUAUGGGCUUACUUAUAUUUAUUACUUUGAUAACUCACCCUACAUUUCCUAGCCCACAAUCAGGUCUCUUCCUAAAACACAAAUUUUUUAUAGGGUUUGUCUUCUUGAAAUAAGUAUUAUCUUUGUAUCAAGCCAGUAUCUUAUACACAGGAGACUUGUCCUGUACUUUGAUAACUCUGAUUUUUUUUUCCUUUUUUGACUAAAUAGUUUCUAGAUUUAUAACUUACUGUUUGCAGUCUGUUUACAGUUUGUAAUUGCAGACUCAUAUCUACAUUCUAUACAAAGCACAAUAAACUCGUAUAUAUCUAUCUAUCUAUCUUUCAAAACAUAGUAUAAAAGAAAAUAGUAUAGAAUGUUAAAGAAAAAUAGAAGUUAUAAAACUGCAUCCCAGAGUCUGUGUAUAUGACAUUGCACCCCAUAAUGCUUUAUGGAAAUAUGCUUAUGAGUGUAAAUAUGAUAUAACUUGAAUAUGUUUUACGCUACAUAUGCCAUGUAACACAUCUUUGCAAAGGUUAUGAUCUACUGAAUAUAUUCAUCCUAUUUGUAUGCAUGUAUCAUUUUUAUGUCUGCAGUUAUGGGCGUUGGCUCUAUGCUUGUAUUUAAAGUGUUUGCUGUAGGAAGCAUAUAAGACAGAUUUGGUCAAGAUGGCGUGAAGGGGUUAUUCAAGUAAUUGGGAAUAUUUAACUAACAAUGGCCUAUGGGAGAUGCCAAUCCACAUCUGAGCUUUCCUGGGAACGUUCAAACUAACAUGUAAACAAUGGCAUCGGCCUGCAAAAAGCUGAAUCAUUCAUAGACAUGUGACUUGACCAGGUGAUUGCAAAACUCCAUCUUGGAGAGGGGUUUCCACCCACAAGAGAAAAACAAUAUAAGCCCCUGGAAACCCCUCCAUUUUGUGUUGAGCGGGCUCAGAAGAUAGACUCUCCACCCCAAAGAGAUGCCUGAAAGAAACUAGAACAAAGGACAGUAGCUACAGGGGUGUGAGUGAUUGCUGGACCCAGACUAGGAAGGAGUCUAGUCUGUCAA